AUGACACCGGAUUCUGUCACUGGUCCGCAACUCCAUUAUCUACCCCACCAGCAAGUUCUAACUCCAACGAAGACGACGACCAAGUUGCGUGUCGUUUAUGAUGCCUCGGCCAAGGCACGGCGUCACAACAAGAGCUUGAACAACUGUCUGCUACGUGGACCCGUGUUGCUCCCCAACCUUGCCGGAGUUCUUAUGCGACUCCGCAUCACACCCAUUCUGCUGGUAGCCGAUAUCGAGAAGGCAUUCUUGCAACUUGACAUCUGGCCGCCAGACCGGGACGUGACACGCUUCCUAUGGUAUCGCGAUCCAACUAAUCCCACAGUAACUCCGGACAACAUCGCGGUCUAUCGGUUUCGGAGAGUACCGUUCGGCAUCGUGAGCAGUCCAUUUCUGCUAGCGGCAACAAUCCAACACCAUCUAGCAAAUGAUGAAGAUGCGGAUGUCAGUCGCUUGGUGUCCCGCAAUAUCUACGUGGAUAACGUAUUCAUCGGUGUUGACACCCCGGAAGAAGGGUACGAUAUGUGCAACCGAACUACAUCCGUAUUCUCUCGCUCGUCCAUGCGGCUACGUGAGUGGGCAUCUAACAACAGCCACGCUACGACAGCUAUGGAUGCCAAGGAAAGGGCACAGGGCGACAGUGUCAACGUUCUUGGAAUCACGUGGCACACCAAGGAUGACAGUCUACAGCUCGCUUGUUCUCGAACCCAACCCAGCACCGACCCGGUUUGGACUAAGCGCGCUGUCCUGAAGUAUGCUGCAUCAUUGUACGAUCCAUUGGGACUGGUUGCUCCGGUCACAUUUCGUAUCAAGGUCUUCUUACGCUCUCUGUGGCAAGCUGGUAUGGACUGGGACACUGUCUUGACUGGACACCUAGUGGACACCUGGCUGACCCUCCAUGCAGCCUCGAGCGAGGUCAGCUCGUUAUCGUUCCCCAGGCAAAUCAACCCAAUUGCUAAUGGAACCGAUGCUACCUACCAGCUACACGUCUUCACCGAUGCGUCACAACUGGGCUUUGCAACUGUGGUCUACCUCCGCACAACCAUAGCCAUGAUGACAACCUGUGAGCUCCUCUUCGCCAAGACACGUCUUGCACCGCUGAAGUCCAAGGACGGCAAGCCUAACGGUCUCACCCUGCCACGGCUGGAACUACUUGGCGUUACGAUUGGUUCACGGGCAGCCCGAUUCUGCAAAGAUGAACUCGAUCUCCCACUUACCAGCAUCACCCUAUGGACGGACGCGCGUUGUGUUCUGCAUUGGAUCAAAUCAUCCAAGCCACUGUCCGUAUUCGUGGCCAACCGUGUGUCAGAGAUUCGUACUUGCGGCGAGUUCUUGUCCUUCCGCCAUGUUCCUGGAGAGAGCAACCCUGCUGAUGUUGCUAGCCGAGGCGGUUUGGUGACCGAUCUUCAGGAGUCAUGGUGGCACAGUCCGGACUGCACAUCAGAUCACUGGCCAGACGAGGACCUCACACUCUCAGCUGACGAAUCCGACCUAGCCAGCAAGGAGGAGCAAGCACCAACGCUUCAUACCGCAAGCAUGGUGACUAGUGGCAGCGAUCGUGCUACUGACCAACCUAGUCCACAUACCAUUCCAUCUGGUCUCGGCAGCGUGCUUACGAGAGCAAGCAGUUUGAGGAAGGUCCUGAGAAUCACUGCUCUGUGCAUGAAGUUCCUGAAGAAACUGCGUCCCAACUCACCACGUCUCUCUCAGAUCAGCAACAGCUACGACAUCGUGUCACAAGACAUACAGGCUGCGCGAGAUUGGUGGACUCUAAGUACAACGCGAGGCCUUCCCUGA